AUGGCGGAGGGAAAGCGAGUGCGAUUGGGGUUCGUGGGCGCGGGGCAGAUGGCGGAGGCAUUGGCGCGGGGGAUGAGCGCCGCGGGGGUGGUAGCAGCGAGCGAUAUGAGCGCCAUGGAUCUCAGCCAGGAGCGACUGGCGGUGUUUGCCGAGAUGGGCGUGGCUGCUAAGACGACGUGCAAGGAGCUUGCGGCAGCCAGUGAUGUGAUCUUCAUAGCAGUGAAGCCCCACACAGUGAAGGCCGUGCUGUCAGAGCUGAGGGACAGCGCUGCAAUUACAAGCACCCACCUGGUUGUGUCCAUUGCUGCGGGAGUGACGAUUGCGAACCUGCAGCAGUGGGCGGGUGACGAGGCGAAGAUUGUGCGAGUCAUGCCGAACACCCCUUGUCUAGUGGGGGCCACAGCAGCAGCCAUGAGCCUGGGCAGCAAGGCGACGGCAGAGGAUGCAGCGUUGGUGCGGCGCAUGUUUGAAGCGGUGGGAAAGAUUCAGCAGGUGGAGGAGAAGCUGCUAGACGCUGUCACUGGGCUCAGUGGCAGCGGCCCGGCAUAUGUGUUCAUGGCCAUAGAGGCACUGGCGGAUGGAGGGGUGGCUGCUGGCCUGCCCAGAGACGUUGCUCUCUCCCUCGCCGCUCAAACCGUGUACGGAUCUGCAAAGAUGGUAUUGGAAACUGGCAAGCACCCAGGCCAACUCAAAGAUUCGGUGGCAUCCCCUGGAGGUACUACGAUUGCAGGCAUUCAUGCUCUAGAGAAGGGAGGGUUUCGAGCAACGUUGAUGAAUGCAGUGGUCGCAGCCACGGAAAGAAGCAAGGAGCUCUCAAACGCAGAAGAAGCCGAAGGGGGGGAACAUUCGGGGGGAAGCGCGGAUCGAGCGGGAGAAGCGGAAUGUGGGGAGCGAUCAGGGGGGGACGCGGGCGAGUUGAUAGGCGGCGGAGGGAGAGGAGGGGCGGAGAGUGAGGAGGAGGGGAGUGGGGAGGGGGAUGGGGAGGAGGACGGGAGAGGAGAGGAGAAGAGUGGGAAGGAGGAAGACGGUGAGGAAGAUUCAGAUGGGGAAGGGGCGGAAGUAGUGGCGGAAGCAGAGGCGGAGAUAGAGGCGGAAGGAGAGGCGGAAGAAGAGGCGGAAGAAGAGGCGGAAGGAGAGGCGGAAAGAGAGGCGGAAGCAGGGGAGGAAGGAGAGGCGGAGGCAGAGGCGGAAGGACAGGCGGAAGAAGAGGCGGAAGCAGAGGGGGAAGAAGAUGCGGAAGGAGAGGAAGCAGGAGAGGAGGAAAGACCGGAGGAAGGGGGGGAAAACGAGGAGGAGGAUGAGGAGAUGGAAGGGGAAGAGGAGGAGGACGGAGCAGAAGGUGAAGUGGGAGAGGAAGAGGGAGAGGAGGAGGACGGAGAGGAAGGGGAGGAGGGAGAGGAAGAGGGAGAGGAAGAGGAGGGAGAGAGGGGGGGAAGAGGGAGACGAAGAGGGAGAGGAAGAGGAGGAAGAGGAGGGAGAGGAGGAAGAGGAGAUGGAGGAGGGCGAGGAGGGCGAGGAGGGCGAGGAGGGCGAGGAAGGGGAGGAGGGGGAGGAAGAGUAUAUGACGACUACGCUCGCUCCUUCGCCCCUAUAGUUUGGGAACCCAAAAUCGCCCUUCCCUCCUCUUCUUCCUCCUCCACCUUCUCCUCCUCCUCCUCCUCUCCCUUCUCCCUCUCCUCCCUCUCCUCCUCUCUCUUUUCCCGCUCCCUUUUCUCACACCCCCGCCACAAAAACAAGCCCGCCAAAGCUAAACCGCUCCCUCUAAAACCCAGCGCCAGUGCUGACGUGGCAAGGGGCAAGUCUGACGUGGCGAGGGGGAAGAGCACCGGCAUCAGGGGGGUCACUGUAGCAACGACUGGGUCGGCACGGAUCGUAUUGAGGGAAGCUUCCGAACCGGGUGGCAUCAGAAGCACGACGGGAAUUCGAUUGUCUGUGAUCAAGGAGAAAGGGAAGGAGGGAGUGCAGGGGGGAGGAGGUAAGGGAGGGGAGGGAGGAGAGGGGAAAGGGAGCAUGGGAGGUGCAGGAGUAAGGGGAGGUGGGGAAGGGGAAGGGGGAGGGAAGGGGAGGGAGAAGUGGGUGGAGGGUCAGUUGCAGGUGCCCCCAAAGGACCCUCACAAGCUGGCCCAGAUUGCGCGCAAGAACAAACCCAACACCGCCGGACCCAAAUGGUAUGACCUUCCUGCACCAGACAUAACUCCUGAGCUCAAGACAGAGCUUCAGCUGCUGCGGAUGAGGAACGUUCUAGAUCCCAAGAGACAUUAUCGAUCGGCCGACUCCAAGAAGCUUCCAACACACUUUCAGAUUGGCACAGUGGUGGAGGGAGCAGCAGACUUCUACAGCAGCAGGUUGACACGGAGGGAGAGGAAGCAGAGCUUUGCGGCAGAGCUGCUGCAUGAUGAGGAUUUGAAGAAAUACAGGAAGCGCAAGUUCCUGGAAAUUGCGGAGGAGAAUCAGUGCAAGGGCAGGAAGCACCUGGUGAAGAAACAGGAUAGGAAGAACCCCACGUGGGCCAGAGCAGCACCCAAAUGA